AUGGGCAAGAUCGAUGUCGAUAAGAUGGAUUUGGUGAAGUAUCCCGGCUGGGUGGAUGUCCAAUGGAGCUAUGCCGACUUACAUCCAGGAGACUGCCUUUACAUCCCGUUCCAGUGGUAUCAUCAGGUUACUGCGCAGAAGGGGCGUUCAAUCAAUGUCCACGUGUGGUAUUGGCGGCCUGCAGCCUUCAACGCGACAAGCUGUGACAAGGAGCAGGCAGUGACCACCUUUGCAGACUGCAGCUGGGGCUACGAACCCAAUGGAGCGACUCGGCAUGGGAUCAUUUGGCAGCUUUUGGGCCGCAUGACGCUGAUGACUGCUAUCACUGAUCCAUGCGACAUCCUGCAACCUACCGGCUCAGGGGCAUCUGGGCAAAGUGAAGAAAGGAUGGAAGAAGCCGACGAAGUGCAAGAAGGCAGGCCCUGCUCUUGCAGGUUUAUGCGUCAUGCAGCCAUCGCCUCCUUUAUAUUCGCGAUUUUUUUGUGGAAGGUGAAGAAGUCUGACGAGUUGUAA